UUCGAUAAAUCUCUCUCUCUCUCUCUCUCUCUAUCUGGCUCUUAGGGUUUUAUCGAUGAAGGAGGUCAAAGAAGAGAAGGCGAUGGAGAACCAACGAGUCCGGGAGAAGAUGAUCCCCGUCUUCACUGUGCUAAAAAACAGCGCGAUUCUCAAAAACAUAUUCGUCGUCAACAGAUCCGAUUCCUCUUCGCCGGAGAGAAACGGUAACGCUGUUUCCGAUGACGACGACGAGGUGGAGGAGAUUCUGCUCGUCGGUCGUCAUCCAGACUGCGAUAUUCUUCUAACGCAUCCUAGCAUCAGCAGAUUCCACCUGCAGAUCCGCUCUCUCCCCUCUCGUCAGAAACUCUUCGUCACGGAUCUCUCCUCUGUUCAUGGGACGUGGGUUGCGGAUCAGAAAGUUGAGGCAGAUGCUUGUGUUGAGGUGAAAGAAGGUGAUGUUAUUAGGAUUGGUGGUUCAACUAGGAUCUAUAGGCUUCAUUGGAUUCCACUGAGUCGUGCCUAUGAUACUGACAAUCCAUUUGUUUCACCCAUGGUUGCACAUCAGUCACUAACGCAGUCAGGUGAUGAUGGAGAUGGAGGAAGUGGUUCAUCAGUAGUCCCUAGUGAGGAUGAGGAUACAACAAGGGAAGUUUUGUUGCCAGUUGCACCUCCAAGUGUUUCGUCACUACCUAGAGAUUCUGUCAAUACAGAAAAGCUACAAUCCAGUGAAGAUUUGCAGAUUUCAUCAAAGUGGGAGUUGGAUGUUGAAGAUGCUGCAGCAGAAAUGCCAGUUACUAGCUGUGAUAGCUACCCGGAGGCCUUGGCUUGUUCUGAACCUGAAGUUUCUGCAGAGGCUGAUAAAUUGGGUGUCAGAGGAGACGGUGGUCUGCUUCUGGAUGUGAUGUCAGAGAUGAUUGAGUCACUAGUUGCUAAUGCGGAGGAUGAUCCAUAUCUAGCUGCAGAGGAGACUUCUUCGCUUCCACUCCCACGAGAUUCUACUGAGACAGAGGAUCUACAGCUCACAGAUGUUUUCCAGGCUUCACCAGAAUUGGACGUCAAUAUUAUAGAAGCCAACACAGAAAAUUCAAGUAGCUGCAGCUCCCUAAAAAUGCCAGUUACCAGCUGUGAUAGCUACCCGGAGGCCCUGGCUUGUUCUGAACCUGAAGUUCCUGCAGAGGCUGAUGAACUGGGUGUCAGAGGAGACGGUGGUCUGCUUCUGGAUGUGAUGUCAGAGAUGAUUGAGUCACCAGUCGCUAAUGGGGAGGAUGAUCCAUAUCUAGCUGCAGAGGAGACUUCAUCGCUUCCACUCCCACGAGAUUCCACUGACACAGAAGAUCUACAGCUCACAGGUGUUGUCCAGGCUUCACCAGAGUUGACCGUAGAUAUUAUUGAAGCCAACACAGAAAAUUCAAGUCGCUGCAGCUCCCUAAAAAAGGCACAGAUUGAUGGUGUCUUUAAAGACUCAGGUUGUGCUUCUUUUGAAUUGGCUGCAGAGGCUGAGACUUUGAGCCUUUGUCAAGAAGUCUGUGGAGAAAAUGAGUGUGACACCAAGCAAGUAAUGGAAGUAUAUGCUGAACCACUAACCGAGGCUGAAAAUCAGAUUCACGUACACAAUGGAGAAAUUGAGGUAUCUCCCAGUUCCUCUUCUCAAUCUGACCGAGUUUUAACUGAAGAUGGUAUAAGCGAUGAUGCACUGUCUCAGAUGAAUAGCUCUAGGAGCGGUAAAGCUGCUUCUGUUCCAUUACUUGAAGCCUCAGGUUGUUCUGCAUUUGAACUGGCUGCAGAGGUUGUGAUUAUGAGCCCUCGUCAAGAAGUCAGCGAAGAAAUAGGUUUUGUGACAGAGAAAAUACAGGAAGCAUCUUCCGAACCACUAGCUAAAGCUGACAUUCAGAGCAACGAAGAGGAUGAAGUUACUGAGGUCUUUAGGCCAGUGCCAGUUAUUGAAGUAUCUUCCUCUCCUCAGAUUGAGCCAAAGUUAAUAAGAGAUGCCCGAGACCACUUAGACUCUGAAGUAGCUAUAGAGACCGACAGUCAGAACCUACACAAAAAUGGCAACAGAGAGACCAGGAUCAGUUCAAGUGAAGUCAGUACAGUACCUGAUUGUUUGUUCGCUGGCAAGACAGGAGAUAUCCAAAGUCUAUGGUCGAGUUGGCAGAUACUUCCCGAGAGUGAACUCGUCGAUCUAUCUGACAUCUUGAGUGAAGUGAACCUUGCAGGAGAUCAGAACAAAAUAUCAGCGACGAGCAGAGAGACUGAACAAAUAGAUGAUGAUGGGAGAAGCUCGUGCCAUUCGGAGGAACAAAAACAGAGUGGUACACAAAGUUUCUUGUUAACACAAAAUCAGGAAUCCAAAACAGAAAUUUCAUUUGGCUCUGGGACAUCUGAAGACUCUUACGGCCUAAUUAGCGAAAUAGAGGGAAAAGGAAAUACCGAUAAGGAGGAUACAAAACUGACUGAAAAACUGCCUUCUGAUUAUACUGAAAGUCAAGAAAACCAGAGCCCCCAAACACUAGCUGUACUGUCUGAGAUGGAUAGCUCAAGAAGCUCCGCGAGAAGAUUGAGCACAAGCAACAUUUGGUCUAGGAGGGGGAAAGCUGCUUCUGUUCUUCACGUCCGGACCGAGAAGAGUGAAGGAAAGCAAAAACAGAUGGGGAAACCAAAAUCCCAGUUGCAGAGAAAACAGGCUUUAAGUGAUAAGCCUAGUUAUCUGAAACUAGAACCAGAGAUCUUUACUCCUGACAAGGAGAAUCUGACCCCAAACUCUCAUAUGCUUAAACGCUUGCGAGAAGUUGGUGAGAUUAAGGAUACUAAAGGUUCCUCGGUCAAACAGAAACAAGAUGUUCACUGCAUGAGCAGCAAGUCAAAGGUAGCGCAUGAGCCCGUGGCACAAAAAAAGAAAACUGAAAGAGCACCUUUUCAACAUCUGCUUGACAAAUCUUCGUCCCAGAGCCUAUCAUACACCGAGGCUUCUUCUACUGCAGCAGCACGAAACAACAUUUCAGGGGGCGUUCGUUUUUCUUCUAACCUUUCUGAUGGUAAGAACAAGAUGAAGUGGACCAUUGUGUUGGACACUUCUUCCCUCCUCAACAAGGAAUCUAGGAAGCCAUUGCACCUACUACAAGGUCUCAAGGGGACACAUAUUGUCGUACCAAGAACAGUGUUAAGGGAACUAAAUGAGAUGAAGCGCGCUCGCUGUCUGCUGUUUAGUAGAACAGCUGAGAUGGCUUCCUCGGCUCUGGAUUGGAUUGAAGAGUGUAAAGUUAGUACCAAAUGGUGGAUUCAACUCCAAAACCCAUCAGAGGAAACUAGAGCAACUGCACCAACACCACCGGUCACUUCUCAGUCAAAUGGAGAUUCAUUUCCGUUUUCACUUGACUGCAAUAGUUAUGCACCGGAGAUCGAUUCUCCUACAUCAGAAGAUCAAGUUCUCGAAUGUGCACUUCUUCACAGAAACCGUAACAUAGAUGCCCAACUCGUUGUUCUUAGCAACGAUGUAACUCUCAAGAUCAAAGCCAUGGCAAAGGGUGUAAUGUGCGAGACGGCUCAUGAGUUCUACGAGAGUCUGAAGAAUCCGUUCUCGGAGAGGUUUAUGUGGCCAGAGAGUUUGCCGAGAGGAAGGACUUGGAGUCACGCAGACGACACUGUGUUGAGAGAAAGGUACGACAACCGAAAGCUAACGUUCAAUGGAGGAAGAAGAGGAGAGAGUGGUGCAACAGCAGCAAAAGGCUUGAAGCUCAUACUGCUCUAUAACUCUCACUAUGGCCACAGUCGUUGAUGCAUCUCUCUUUCUCUUUUUCGUUCUCAAAUUUCCUGGAAGCCAAAUCAUUUCAACUCUAUUACACAUGGGAUUUUUUUUUUUUUUUUAGAAUAAUGACAUUUUCAUAUCAUAGUGACCUUUUGUUGUUGUGGAAUUACAUUUGUCUUCCAGCUAUGGCUAUUUUUAUACCGACGAAAAUUAGAAUGCUUAAA